CCCUCUCAUCAACAUCCUCACUUUUUUCGUAGCUGUAAAAACCAAAUUCUAGGGUUUAUAGAAACUCUCUUCUCCCCCAAAUUCCACAGCAAAAUCUCCAGAGGUUAAAGAGACGGCGCCACCUCGCUGUCCGCCUUGACAAAGCACUUCUUCAUCGCUUAGUCUUGGCCCUCGAUUUUGUUUUUCUUUUUCAAAAAACCCCAAAACAAUUUACGACAUAAACCCUAAUUUCUCGAAAAAAGCUUCAAUUUUUAAUCAACAACAAUGGCGGUGAAACCAACUAAGGCAGAGAAGAAGAUCGCCUACGAUCAGAAACUAUGUAAUCUUCUCGAUGAGUUCAGUCAAGUUCUCAUUGCUUCAGCAGACAACGUGGGUUCGAAUCAGCUUCAAGGUAUUCGAAGUGGUUUAAGGGGUGAUUCUGUUGUUCUUAUGGGAAAGAAUACUAUGAUGAAGAGAUCAAUUCGUCUUCAUGCUGAGAAAACUGGGAAUGAUAAUUUGCGUAAACUUGAGCAACUUUUGGUGGGUAAUGUUGGGUUGAUCUUUACUAAGGGUGACUUGAAGGAAGUUAGAGAGGAGAUUUCCAAGUACAAGGUUGGAGCUCCUGCUCGUGUUGGUUUGGUUGCUCCAAUUGAUGUUGUUGUCCCACCUGGCAACACUGGUCUUGACCCAUCCCAGACAUCUUUCUUCCAGGUGCUUAACAUCCCUACCAAGAUUAACAAGGGUACAGUCGAAAUUAUCACUGCUGUCGAGCUUAUCAAGAAGGGUGAUAAGGUGGGUUCCUCUGAGGCAGCUCUUCUUGCAAAGCUUGGAAUCAGGCCCUUCUCAUACGGUCUUGCCAUCGAGUCUGUUUAUGACAAUGGGUCUGUAUUCAGCCCUGAAGUGCUUGACCUUACUGAGGAGGACCUUCUUGCAAAGUUUGCAUCUGGUGUCUCGAUGGUCACAUCUCUAUGUCUUGCUAUCUCCUACCCGACUUUGGCUGCUGCUCCCCACAUGUUCAUUAAUGGGUACAAGAAUGUCCUUGCUAUUGCUCUUGAAACCGACUAUGACUUCCCUGAGGCUGAGAAAGUUAAAGAGUACCUCAAGGAUCCUAGCAAGUUUGCUGUUGCUGCUCCUGCAGCUGGUGCUGCUGCUGCUUCUGGUGGUGGUGCUGCCGCUGCCAAGGAGGAAGAAAAGAAGGAAGAGCCUGCUGAGGAAUCAGAUGAUGACAUGGGUUUCAGCCUGUUUGAUUAAGUCUUGUAACUUUUGAGUAUCAAAUGUUCCAUUAGGAGUUGAUGUCCCAAAAGUCUUUUAUGUUUUAAGUUUUAGACCAACUUUGAAUCUUCAAGUUUUGUUUCUCAGAAUGGCGGAUAAUCUCAUUUUUUGAUAGUUUUAUGAAGACUAGCUUGUUUUUCUUCA